AUGCCAGUAUCCUGCCUUGACCAAGUUGGCAUCGGAUCCGCCGACCACGGUACAUACGUCGAGCUCGCGAACCUCCCCUCUAUUGGGACUCAAGAGUCUCAGCGCCACAAAGGGGUCUCGGCCUUUGACAUCGCCCCCGGGGGAGAGACCAUGACGGUCAAUAUCCUGGGUGUGACCUAUCUGGUGACUGCAGCUACCUACAAUGCCAAAGAUGUGGACUCGGGAGGUGCCGUGUAUCCGACUUGGAAUUUUUUAUGUACUAUGUAUCUCUAUGGAUAA